UCUGCCAGCCUAUACCCUGAGCCUUGCCAAUAACCCUUGGCUGUUGUGAUGCAUAUUCCCCUAGAUCCGACCACCAGCCGGAGGUUCAGCCCGCCGUCCAGCAGCCUGCAACCCGGCAAGAUGAGCGACGUGAGCCCGGUGCCCGGCCCGCAGCAGCCCCAGCCCCAGCAGCAGGAAGCGGCUCUGCCGGUGCCCAGGCUGCGGGCACACGAUAACCGCACCAUGGUGGAGAUCAUCGCCGAUCACCCGGCCGAGCUGGUGAGGACUGACAGCCCGAACUUCCUCUGCUCAGUGCUGCCCUCCCACUGGCGCUGCAACAAGACCCUGCCGGUGGCAUUCAAGGUGGUUGCCCUGGGAGAGGUGUCAGAUGGCUCUGUGGUUACUGUGAUGGCUGGGAAUGAUGAAAAUUACUCCGCGGAACUCAGGAACGCUUCUGCCGUCAUGAAAAAUCAAGUGGCAAGGUUUAACGACCUGAGAUUUGUGGGCAGAAGUGGAAGAGGUAAAAGUUUUACAUUAACAAUCACGGUGUUUACAAACCCACCUCAAGUUGCCACCUACCACCGAGCCAUAAAAGUGACGGUCGACGGACCAAGGGAGCCAAGGCGGCACAGACAGAAGCUUGAUGACUCUAAACCUAGUUUGUUCUCUGAGCGCCUCAGUGAUUUAGGGCGCAUCCCUCAUCCCAGUAUGAGAGUGGGUGUCCAUACCCAGAGUCCUCGGCCCUCCCUGAACUCUGCACCAAGUCCUUAUAAUCCACAAGGACAGAGUCAGAUUGCAGAUCCCAGGCAAGCGCAGUCAUCCCCUCCGUGGUCCUACGACCAGUCCUACCCAUCGUACCUGAGCCAGAUGACCUCUCCGUCCAUUCAUUCCACAACACCUCUGUCCUCCAGCCGAGGGACGGGGCUCCCGGCUAUCUCGGAUGUGCCUAGACGCCUCUCAGGUGCCUCAGAGCUGGGUCCAUUUUCCGAUCCCAGGCAGUUUACAAGCAUUUCUUCGUUAACGGAGAGCCGCUUCUCGAACCCACGAAUGCACUACCCCGCAACAUUUACUUACACUCCGCCAGUCACCUCAGGGAUGUCGCUGGGUAUGUCUGCAACCACUCACUAUCACACUUACUUACCACCUCCUUACCCCGGCUCCUCCCAGAACCAAAGUGGACCCUUCCAAACCAGCAGCACUCCUUAUCUCUACUACGGUACAUCAUCUGGAUCCUACCAGUUCCCAAUGGUCCCGGGGGGCGACCGCUCUCCAUCUCGGAUGCUUCCUCCGUGCACCACUUCCAACGGCAGCACAUUGCUAAACCCCAAUCUGGGCAACCAGAAUGAUGGCGUUGAUGCAGAUGGCAGCCACAGCAGCUCCCCCACUGUCUUAAAUUCUAGCGGUCGCAUGGAUGAGUCAGUGUGGAGGCCUUAUUGAUCGUUCGCUCUUACCUGUGGCCUUAGACUAUUUCAAACUCUAUUUUGUUAAGAAAAAAAUCCAUACGUGCCUUAAUCCUUUUAUAUACCAAUUGAUAUUUUGAGCGUGACUCAGAAAGACUUGAAAUUCUUAUGCGAUACAACCCACCAAUCAACAAUCGUGCCAUUUUGUUAUUAAAAAAAAAGGGGCUAAAAGCCACAUUGCCUUAAACUAUUUCUUUUUAUUAAUAUUUAUAUUGAACUGAAGCAUUCCAAAGAAAAUUAUAGUUUUUACGAGUACGAAAAUAAACAUCGUCAGAUGUGACUUUUUGCGGGAGAGAAAAAAAAAAACAGGAGAAAAUUUUAGGAAUUUAAAUGGACGUGCCUAAUACAAUACCAAAAAAAUGCUGAAACCUGCCUUACGUACUGUAAAAAAAAAAAGGGAAUUUUUUUCAACCGAAAGCUGCACAAAACGUACGCCUUACGAAAUGUUUUUUUAUUUUAUACAAUUUCGUAUCUGGAUGAUGGUACAGACUUCGAACAUUUGCAAAAUGCACUUAUCUCAUAUCUCAAGUUUAUUUUAAUGCCUUAAAACAAAGCAAGCAAAAAAAAAAAAUAUACAAUAUGAAU